CACCAAGCUAGCCGGGGCUUCUGGGAGUUGGAGUCUAAAGAAGCUGGCGAGCCGAAGGAAGCCGUUUCUCCCCCUGAGAUUCUCUCACUCCUGAGUCCCGGAGUGAAACCUUUGCGAAAUGGAUCGGAUCUGAUGCUGCAAAGAUACCUGGUCACCACUGCUAACCAAAUGAUCAUCCACAACAUGAACACCACCUUUCGGAGAAGCUGAACAGUGCACAUUUGUUUUUUGACAAUGGCAGGAAGUAGUGGAGAAAGUCAGCUGCAGAGGAUUAUCCGAGAUUUGCAAGAUGCUGUCACAGAAUUGAACAAAGAAUUUACAGAAGCUGGCGAACCAAUCACAGAUGACUGUGUCAGUUUGCACAAAUUUUCCUACAAGCUUGAAUAUCUUUUGCAGUUUGACCAGAAGGAAAAGUCCACUUUACUGGGUCACCGGAAAGACUACUGGGAUUACUUCUCCGACUGUCUGGCUAAGGUUAAAGGAGCAAAUGAUGGAAUUCGUUUUGUGAAGUCUAUUUCAGAACUCAGAACUUCCCUUGGCAAGGGAAGGGCAUUUCUCCGUUACUCCUUAGUGCACCAAAGACUUGCAGAUACUUUGCAACAGUGUUUUAUGAAUACCAAAGUUACAAGUGACUGGUACUAUGCAAGAAGUCCUUUCCUCAACCCCAAAAUGAGUUCUGAUAUCAUUGGUCACCUUUACGAGUUAACUGAGGUUCAAUUUGAUUUGGCAUCUAGAGGCUAUGACUUAGAUUCAGCAUGGCCCACAUUUGCCAGGAGAACAUUAUCUUCUCUUGGCUCCUCAGCUUACUUGUGGAAACCACCAAGCCGCAGUUCGAGUAUGAGCAGCUUAGUGAGCAACUAUCUGCAGGCACAAGAGAUUCCUUCUAGUCCCAAUGGGAACAAUUUUUUAAAUAAUGAACCCCUUGAGGGCCUAGAUGAGUUGCACACAGAGCUUGACCAGGCAGAGCUGCGGCAAAAGGAACUGCAGGAUCGGAUCCAUCAUCUGGAAAAGGAGAACCAGACACUUCAGGCAGCUGUCAGCUUCGAGCAACAGCAAGCUCAGGCCGAAAGGGAGAACAGUGGCCGGAUCAGAGAGGAGAAUGUCAGGCUCACAAAAAUGCUUGAGGAACUGGAGAAACAACGCGAAAUCUCCUACUGCACUCAGGGUACUGUACAGGACCUGCAGAAAUGUUUGCAGGUGUUAGAACUGAAUGCUGCUGAGAAACAAAGCGAAUACUCUGCAAGGCUUGAGGAACUGGAGGCCAGCAAAAGGGACUCUGACUCGAAGCUACUUCUCCUGAAUCAAGAACUGGAAAGCAGCAGAUCCUCAAUGACCAUGAAGGACGUCUGCAUCAGUGAACUUAAGGCCAGUCUGAAGUCAGCAGAGCAGAAGAAUGAGGAGCUCAUAGCCAAGACCCUCCUGAAUGAAAAGGGACAACAAGCCAAGCAGUAUGAAUCUGCACUGAAGUUUGAGGAGUUGCAGAAGAAGGUCCGUACAGUAGAACAGGAGAAGGUUGAUGCCUGUAAGCUAAAUGACAAACAUCUUUCUCAGCUUAAAGUUACAGAAGAGGAGCUGCAUCUGAAAGAUGAUGCUCGGAAGGAGCUUGAACUGAAGUUGGAAAACCUCACCAUCAGCUGUAAAGAAGAAUCUGAAAAACUGAGUCUUAAACUGGAAACCAUGGCAACCGAAAGAGCUGUUCUUGAGAAACAGCUAGCAGCAAAAGGCAAGGAGGCAGCUGAUCUUCAAAUCCAGUUGAAAGAUUCAUUGGAAUGUGUAAAAUCAUUGGGGGGGAAACUUGAGGAGGAAAGGGAAGAGAAGGUGGAACUCGAGAGGUCCUUCAGCCUUAAAAAAACAAGAAUGGAACAAGAAGUAAAAAACACAAUGGAUCAGCUUGUGUUGCUGGAAAUUAAACUAUCAGAACUAAGUCAGAGAGUUAAUAGCUUAGAGGAACAAAAAUCAGAACUUGUUUCUGAAAGAGAUUAUCUCAGAAAAAUAUUAGAAAAAAUGGAGCAACAGGCAAUCGAACAGAGCUCUUCAUUGAGAAAUGCCUCUGAAAGAUAUGAGAAGCUCAAGUCCCAGAAUGCAAAGCUGCAACAAACCAAUCAGAAAUUAGAAGAUAAGUGGAGAGCGCUGGAAGCAUCUAAAUCCUGUUUAGAAGCUGAGGUUGCCAAAUUGAGAGCCUCUGAGAAACAACUCCUAAAUCAAAUAGAUGAUGCUGUAGUGUCUGUGGAUGAAAAGGAGAAAAAGCUUCGAGAAGAAAACAAGCUUCUGGAUGAAAACCUGCAGAAUGCCACAAGGCAAAGCCAAGUUCUGGAAGAGAAGGUGAAAACUUUGCAGAAGGACUAUCAAGAAUUGAAACAGAACGAAGACACUAUGAAGGAGUCUUUAAGUGUACUUGAAGCCAAGCUCCAGAGCACCAAAGAGCAUUGCUUGCAAAUGGAAAAUAAUUUGUCUUCUUUGAGGAAGAAUGAAGAAUCUUUGAAGACACUGCUUAAAGAGAAAGAUGAGGCAUUGCAGUGCCUGGAGAGUCAGUGCAAGAAGUUUCAAGGAGAAAUUGAGAGGUGCAGGAAAAAAGUGAAAAUUCUAGAAGCAGAAAAAGCAGAUAUUGAAAAUAUGUGUCUCCAUCAAACGAAGGUGAUUGAAUCCAUUAGUUCUGAAAAGACAUCUUUAGAGAAAGCCCAGUUGGAACAUACAGCCUGUCAGGGGAGAAAAGAAAAAGAUCUGGCUUCCAGAUUGGCUCUUUCUGAAGAACAGCUGCAUAUCAACCAGGCAGAGGUAGGUAGGCUUCAGGAGAAAAUGAUGGACCUUCAGGCUAAAUUUCAGCAAACGGUUGCAGAGAAGGAGAAACUGCAAGGCAAACUGGAUAUCCAUGAGACAGUCCUAAAUGAGCAUAAGUCCCUGGCCCUGCAGCUGAAGGAGCAAAAUGAAGCCCUCAACAGGAACCAUGUGCAGGAACUGCUUCAGUGUCAGGAGCAGGAGGAAGGGCUGAAAAAGGAAAGAGACCAGAAAGUCCAUCAGAAGGCCGAAAUGGAAAAGAGUGUGCUGUGCCUCACAGAUGAAUUGUCCAGGGUCAAGCAGUGUUUGGAGAUGGUUAACAUGGAAAAUAUGGAAAUCAAGGAUCUUCUCCAUCGGACCAACACUGAAAUGGCUGAACUGGGUAUUCAGAUUUGCACUCUGACAUCUGAAAAGGCAGACGCAGAAGAAAAGCUGUCCCAGCUCAUGGAAGAACUGAGUGCUACCAAAGAAAGAGCAGCUAAAGAUCAAGAGGAGCUUCACAAUGCUCUCUCAAGGCUCAGUCAAGAAAAAGAAGGUCUGCAAGAGAAACUUGAGGAUUCUGAGAUUUACGCCGCCACUGUACCUGACCUGCGGACUCAGCUAGAGACAGCAGAGAGACAGGCCCAGAGUCUGCAAGAGUUCAGCAAAGAGGAGCUAUCUGCAGUCAAGUUUCAGCUGAGUACAGAAAUUAUAAACUAUCAAACCAAAUUUAAGGCUGUCAACGAAGAAUGUGAACACUUACAACGGGAACUUGAAAAGAGGAGCCAGCAAGUAUCCAUUGCAGAAGAAGCACUCAAAGACAUGCAGGCUGCGAAAAGAGACCUGUGCACAAAACUGGAUCUUGCCAUGGAUUCGAUAACUGAGUGCAAAGCAGCGCUGCAAAAAAAGGAUGAAGAGUUAGAUCAACUUCAAGAAGAUCUGAAAAGGGCCCAGCAGGAUGUCUGCAGAGCAAAUGAGCAAAUUCAGUACUCUAGUGAUAACCUCAACAAGAUGAAAUCAGACCGUGACAGCAAUGAGAAGAAGUUACUAGCUGAAUUAGAUGACCUCACAAGAACAAAGCAGUUCCUAGAAGAACGGUUGAUUGAGCUUCUUAGGGACAAAGAUGCCCUGUGGCAGAAGUCAGAUGCUCUGGAAUUCCAACAAAAACUGACUGCAGAACAAAGAUGGCUCGGUGAUGCAGAAGUAAGCAGCUGCCUAGACUGCCAAAAAGAAUUUGGCUGGAUGAAUCGUCGACACCAUUGCAGACUGUGUGGACGCAUAUUCUGCUACUACUGCUGCAACAACUAUGCUAUGUCAAAACAGACUGGCAAGAAAGAACGCUGCUGCCAAUCUUGCUUUAAAAAAGCAAGCAACUCUGGAUCAAACGUUACCCAAGAAGAAUCAACAUCAAGUUUGCUGGCUUCACCUUUGUCCUUGGUCCAGAGAGUUAUAGUUACAAGUGAAGCCUCUAAACCCACAGAUGAUGCAGUGUUUGAUAUAAUCACAGAUGAGGAAGUGGGCCAAAUACAGGAGAGUGACAACAAAAGCCAAACUGAAGACGUAUCUCUGGACCAUAGCAUUACUGAUCUAAACAGCACAUUGAGUUCCUUAACGUUUGAUGAGUCUGAUGACUUGCAAAUGAUCCAAGACGUAGAAAUAUGCUUGCUGAAGUCGGGAGAACUGAUGCUAAAGCUGCCACUCACCGCGGAAGACAUUUUCAAGUUUGGAGAAGCUAACAGAGAAUUAUUCAUUAAGUCAAACACUUACAGCACCAUCCCUAUCACUGUGAUAGAAACUGGCCUUACAAUAAGCUGGGUGUUUUCCUCAGAACCAAAGAGCAUUUCAUUCAGCGUCGUGUACCAGGAAUCAGAAGAAGCACCGCUGGACCAAAGUAAAGUUCUUAUUCCUAUGACUCGCUGCAACUCUCAUAAGGAAACCAUACAUGGGAAGGUGAAAGUCAGAAAUCCAGGGAUAUACAUCCUAAUAUUUGACAACACUUUCUCGAGGUUUAUCUCCAAGAAAGUAUUUUUUCACUUAGCUGCUCAACGCCCAAUAAUCUACGAUGGAAGUGAUUUUCCAUAGCCUUGAAUAUGUGUAAUAUUUAUAUACUGUAUUUUUUCCAAAUUAUAUUUUUUAAAAACACUAUUAUUUAUAUAUUCAAGAGAGCACUAAAAUUACAGGUGUGUCUGAAGCCCUCUUAGGGUUAUGCAAUAAUUUUUUGAACCACUUAACACGGAGCCACUUAUAAAAAGGAGUCUAAUUUCCAUAGGAACACUAAUGAUUCUGGACUGUGUGCCAAUCAUUUAUAAGCCAUUUUGUUUAUCUAAAAUAACCAAAAAAAAUAGCUAUGCAGUGCUGCAUUUGAUGCAAAAAAUGGCACAUAAUCCAGCUAUACCUUUUCAAAGGGCUAAGAAAUAUGCAGUGUGCUUUUGAUUUGCUAGGUUGGAAGUUGUAUAUAAAGAUGUGAAAGUAGUAUUGGUUCUACUCUUAGCUCUUUUCUAUUAAGUGCUGCGAAAGGGAUGGAAUUCAAGUCCAGCUCUGCAAAAUCAGAAGGUAUUUUUAACAGGGUUCAGUCUAGACAUGCUCCACAUGCAGGAAGGUGGCAGUUAAACUCCAGCCAAUUUGCAAAUGGUCAUCGCACAAGAUUUUUGCAGAGUGAUUCUUCAUGUCUUUCUCCUCCCCAAACACAGUAUAUUGCUGUGUGGUCACAACCAAACAUUGCGUAAAAGUGGCUUUGGGUCAGGUUACAUAGCCUUGGAUAUGUCUAUAAAAGUAUACUAGCAUUUAUUUGUUCCCAAUGUGAAAAUUCCCAGUUCUUGUCAGUUCCAAUCCUUUGGAUCUCACUGUGGAAGAAAAGUGAGACAUAAAUGGAAUAAAUAAAUACAUAUAUAUGAGGCAAAGCACAACUUGGUUGGCAAGUGAAUGCUUGCUGUACUGUAAAACAACGGAAUAUCAAUGUGGACCUUUAUUGUUCUAAUUUUAUGUUAUAUUUUCACAAUUUCAUAAUGUAGCAAUACUGGUGCCUCAGUUGGCCCUGGUAGCAGAGUAAUCUUAUAGUGUUUGUUUUUAGGGUGGUCCCAAUUUUUUGCUUUUAAAUGCACAAUAAGGUCUAGAUUUGACUCGUUCCAAACCUGGCAAAUUGAUGGCUGUUUUCACAUGUCAUUUUAAGUCAGAAAACAUCGUUUAAUGAAUGGGGUUAAUGGACACUAAGUUGGUACAUGCAACCUGUUUACUCCAUUUGCAAAAACUGGUAAACAAACCAAAAAAAGGAAAGCCUUAAAUAACAGCAAAACUUGGGAUUAAGUCAAAUGCAUCCAGAUAAGCCAGGAUUUGUAAAGUCAGUUUCAAUUCUAACUUGUUUGUCACAGUCGAUCGUACUUUCAGAUUUGGACAUGAUGCAGACCUUUUUUCUGGUUUGUUCACCUGUUGCGACAAGGCAAACAGAAAUGAUAAGAUUGGGUGUGUCAAUUCAUAUCUCAUUCAUAUUAUUUCUUAACAGCUACUUUAGCAGACCACUCAUUUAAUUUUAAACACAAAGUGUGUCUUAUUUUAAUUCAGCAUGAAUAAGGCUGUUUUACCAUUUAGAGUCAUUAAAUCACAAGGUAAGCUAUUUUUAAAAAACAAGAUUUUCAUAGGAAUACUAAUGAUUCUGGACUGUGUGCCAAUCAUUUAUAAGCCAUUUUGUUUAUCUAAAAUAAACAAAAAAAAUAGCUAUGAAAUGCUGCAUUUGAUGCAAAUAUUCUAGCAAGGAGACUGAUCCAUGAUAGAGGAAGGAAAACGAUACUCCGGUUCCUUUGGUUAAAAGGUGCUAUGUUGUGUUGGGAGCGGAAAUUACAAUAUGACUGAACUGCAACUCACUUCUUACCAUUCACAGACAGAACAUCUCGUACACUGGAGUUUCUUUGUAUGUUUCACACCCCUACAGACUUAUUCUAAUCAAAACUAUGUGACAUAACAAUGGGGUUAGUUGCAUGAUAUUGCCAUGAAUUAUUACUAUGCAGAUUUUGGCAGUGGCUAUACCAGCACAAGGCCACUGUAAUAUACCGAAUACUUGCUAGAGUACUGGUAUAGUCCUGCAGAGAUGUAUGGAUUGACCGAUACAGUUAAGAAGAUAUUGCGGGAGAUAACAUAGAGAUUACAUCUGUGGUAUUUUCCAAUUUGUACAUUUGCCACUGAAUUAUUUAAUGGUGUUGUUAUUGAAGUGCCAGAAGUGUCUUUUAUUUUGAACUAAGCAGCAAUAAAAAUUUCAAUGCUAGAAGCUGAA